CCCGGGGACGGACAGCUUGUCUCCCUUUUCCGUCUGACAACUUGCAAGGUAUAAGACCCAAGGUAGGCCCAGCUGUCUUCUGCUCACUUCGGACAAGAAGCAAGCAGGAGCCCUGAAGAUGUCACAGUCCCAAAUCCCUCCGGGACUUGAGCAUUUCUCUCGUCUCAACGCGUCUAUUUGGUACCACCAGCCGGCCGCCAGAACACCCUCCAAAGAUCCGGAUUUUGUCCUCCUGUUGGGAUGGAUGGAUGCGAAACCUCGACACAUUGCGAAGUACACUUCAGGCUACGAGAAGUUGUAUCCAUCUGCCUCGAUCUUGGCUAUCACGACAAGCUCCUACGACGCUGCGCUCUCCUCCAAUGCCGCGAAUAUUAAACGCAUCUCGCCUGCGCUCGACAUUCUUUACACGCUGCCACCGAACGCGAAGCUCCUUCUGCAUUUCUUCUCGAACGGCGGAGGGUUCACAACAGUGCAUAUUGCAAAGUGUUACAUGAAGAAAAUGGGGAAAGCUCUGCCCAUGACAGCGACUGUGUUUGACAGUGUGCCUGGAUAUGCACGGUUGCAAGCACAGGUGCGAGCCUUUAUGGUAACCCUGCCCAAGAACAUGAUAUUAAGAGCCAUUGCGGCUCUUAUGCUUUACAUCGCGUACCCCAUCUUCAAGCUCAGGUACUUGUUGACGGGGACCGUGGAUGUUGUGGAAGAUAUGCGGUUAGCGACAAAUGAUAAGAGCUUGUUCGAUCUUGAUGCGCCAAGGCUAUAUAUCUACAGUGAGGCAGAUGACAUAGUCGAGCCGAAGGAUGUAGAGGAACAUGCAGACGAGGCCAAGACACUUGGUUACACGGUUUCUAGAGAGAAGUUUCUCACAAGCGGGCAUGCUGCACAUAUGAUUCAAGACCCGGAGAGAUAUUGGGGUAUUGUACGGAGGCUUUGGAGUAUGGUUUCAUAGAAGAAAAUUGAUAGAUCGAUUGUGGCGUUGUUCAGGAAAUGAUAGAACGUUGUGGCUUUGUUCAACUCUCGUGGGCGUCGGCAUCUCAUCGUCGAUCUGCCAGUUCUCCAGUCUGCGUCUUCUUCGGCUUGAAUCUAAGCCUCAUUUUGCUUUGGGUACUUUGUGCUACAUGAAGUUGUACGUGGGGAUAAGGAAGCUAAGGCAAAGUUGGAGCUGGAUCUUUCUUAUUCGUGGAAAAGGUGAGAUCGAGAUCUGAGGAGCGCA